GGUUUCUGUAUUUAUAUAUAAAACGCAGCCCCAUUUUUUCAUUAUUCAGGUCUCGUCACCAGCUACGUUAUCUGAAUCUCUCAUAUGUACACUAUCUUCACAAACCCUCGUCUCCGCAUUUCGAAACCCUAACCCUACCCUUAUCAUCUACCUUUUCUCUCCCUAUCUCAAUCCUCCGCUCUCGCUCUCUUCCUAGAUCCUUCCGAUCGAUCCGCCGCUGCCGAUUCUUGGAAGAAUCUGAUCAUCGGCGUGUUCUCGGAACUCUAAUUCGUCGAUUUGAUCUCUGAUUUUUCCUUGUUUGGAGGAUUGAGCUUGUUGUUUGUGAGGGGAAUGGCGGGAGGAGGGAAUCGGAGGGACGACGGAUCUCUGGUGAUAAACAGCACGAAUGUGUUCGCGGCGCUGGGUUCUCUGAGAAAGAAGAAGAAGUCGGAGAAGGAGAGUUCGUCGUCGUCGAGGAGCAAAGGGGCGUCGAAGAAGGCGGAGUCGACGGAACAGCCGCAGGUGUUUUGGGCUCCGACGCCUCUGACGGUGAAAUCUUGGGCCGACGUUGAUGACGAGGAUGACGAUGAUUAUUAUGCCACCACGGCUCCGCCUCAACCGGGUUGGGGGCCGGCGGAUCCGCCCAAGGCUAAGGAGAGUGUGACUCCUGUAGAGGAAAGUGAAAGUGAAGAAGAAGGUAUUGAUGAAAUUGAUGAUGAUAACGAGGAAGAGCAUGAGCAUGAACAUGAACCUGAGGUACCAGUGGAAAAAGAGCCAGUCAUUAAGAAGCCUCCUGCAGCUUCUUUGCCACCUAAAGAUACAGAAAGGCAGCUUUCAAAGAAGGAAUUGAAGAAAAAGGGGCUGGAAGAACUAGAUGCUGUUCUAGCUGAGUUGGGUUUGAUAGAGAGCAGUGGCCAAGAUGAAUCCCAUGGUGCUGGGGAAGAGAAAAAGGCAGAGAAUCUCAGUGGAGAGUUAGAAAAGAAGGAGAAUGCUCCUGGAGAGAGCAAAAGUGCGAAAAAGAAGAAGAAGAAGGAUAAAGCUUCGAAGGAAACUAAAGAACCACAAGACCAGCCAAAUGAUGCUGAGGAAGGAAAUGGGAUGGAAGAAACUACUGUGCCCGAGAAGGCAGAAGAUGCAUCUGCUGUUGACAUGAAAGAGAGACUAAAGAAAAUGGCAUCUAUGAAAAAGAAAAAAUCAAGCAAGGAGUUGGAUGCUGCUGCCAAAGCCGCUGCUAGUGAGGCUGCUGCAAGGAGUGCAAGGCUUGCUGCUGCAAAGAAAAAGGAAAAGAAUCACUACAACCAGCAGCCUGUGCGCUAAGAUCCUUAAUCCUUCUCUCUUCUUUCACAUGUAUGAGCAUGUAUCCUCUUGUUCAUUUGUUGACUGGAAAAUAAUCAUUGGGAUAUUUUCGAAUGACUUUUAAUAGGAGACUUUUGUUCUAAUUAGAAAAGAAUUAUGGUUCUCUCUUUCUCAA